GUUACCUUUGUGUUUGUUGGUCGUUUUAAAUGUAUUACGUAGCGUUGUAAGCCUCGGAGUGAUGUUGGGUCCAGCCGAUAUGCAUUUUAAGACCGUAACGGAAUGCGAGCAGCCAGUCAAUAUUGUUCAAUUUGCAGUGACACAAAAAAAGUACAACCGAACUAUGCAUCUAUUGGACAUCACUCUGAGUACUCCUAUUCCGAUCGGGAACGAUAUGAUUAUAGAAAUAAAAGGUUCAAUAAAAAAGCAAGGUGGUUACAAACCUGGCGGGUUGUACAUGAAGGAACCGGCUUGCAAGACGCUCUCUCUGUUGAUGGGAGACUUAUUCAUCAAUAUACUUCAAGCAGCUGGCGUGGAAGAAUGCCCCUUGCCUGCGGGUGACCACAAAGCACUGGACUUCUAUUUCGACAACGAAAACUUCAAAGUUCACCAAGUUUACGGCGAGUACAGGACAGAAGUGUUGCUCUACAAAGAUGAUGAGUUACAGUUAUGCUCACUUCUGUACUAUGAUCUGGUACCGAAGUCUAAAUAAUAAUAUGCCUAUUGCUUAUUUGUACU